AUGAAGGGCACCACAGGGUACCGCAGAAUCAAUGAACUGCCCGAUGAGAUUCUGCUGCACAUGCUCUGUUUUCUCCCCAUUAAAGAUGCAGUAAGGACCAGUAUCCUGUCCAAAAGAUGGAUGAAUCUGUGGAUGGGCAUCCCCUCCCUGGUAUUCGACGAGAAGGACUUCCCUUUGAGGCGGAGGUCGAGAUUGCCGCUAGAUGGAACAGAUCUCUUCACGGUUGUGGACCGGUUCAUGAUGAACCAUCACAAGUUCAUCCGCAGCCUGUGCUUGCUCUUGACUUUGAGAAAAAAUUCAGAAAGGAUACUCCUCAGCAGUUGGAUCCGUCAUGCCAUUGCAGUGAACCAAGUGGAGGAGCUCAGCCUCCAGAUUUCUUACAGUGACCACCGUAAUGAAUUAUAUGAAUUGCCUCUUCAUUCAUGCGACUGCAGGUCCAUACAUCACUUGAAGUUGCGUGGCUCCUAUUUUUGUUCUCGACUGGGCAGUGAGGUACUCCUUAGCUCUCUUCAGAGCCUAAGCUUGUUUGAUGUCCAUUCCAAUGUAGCCCACUUCUCCAACAUGCUUCGUGCUUCCCCGCUGCUUGAGAAGUUGAUCAUCUGCGGCUGUUCAGCACAUGCAGAUUAUGUGCAGAUAUCUUCAAAAAGUCUGCGGACCUUGAGCGUUAAAAAUUUUAAAUUUGCAAAGCUAGAGAUUAUUGCACCGUCUCUGCAAACCUUUGAGUGCGAUUGUUAUCCGGAACAUGAUGAGAAGUGUUGCUUAAACGUGCUCUUUGGAGACAUCCACAGCAUAAGGAUUCUCGACGCUUGCACAUGCAUUUGUGAUGUUCUUGGUAAGCAGAGGAAUGGUGUAACUGAACAUCCCAUCUUCCAUGAACUAGAAGAGAUUAUUGUACGCCCAUGCUCAUGGAAACUGCAAGUUGAAUAUCUUCUCUCCCUAUUGCGAAGUUCUCCAUUCUUGCGUAGCCUCUGCAUUGAAGGUGAGUUCUCUAAAAACAAGUUGGUCAGUUUCACUUUUUGCAUAGAGUUUGUUGCCAUUUGCCAAGUACUGAAACUGGACCUUGUUACGGAACUUAAUUUGGCUGGAACAGAUUUGAGCUGUCUUUUGUACUCAUACAAUGAUGCUCCACAUGUAUAUGCCGGUCAUGUACUCCCGUGCCUGCGAGAUCUUGAUAUCGACUGCCUCCACGGGAAUGAAUGGGAACGGAAGUUUGUGAAGCAUAUAAUCGAGGGCGCACCAUCUCUUCAGUAUGUGAGAAUCUGGAUUGACUCAGAGGAGACGUUGACGACCGGCCUGUUGAAUGACUUUCUGUAUCUGCAGCAAAUAUAUCCACAUCUCAACAUUACAUUUCUUCGAGAAUGA